AAGAUUCCUUUAGCAAUAUACAGGUGAGAUCUCUGCCACCUAAUAAACAAAAAUCAUUCCCUACUCUUUAUGUCCUCAUAACUCACUUCUCCAAGUUUGGUGGAAAUGAAGCAGCUCAGACUGGAAGAUCCACUUCUGGUGACUUCAGGGAAUUCUAGUACUACAAGAUGGCUCAGAGCUCUGUGCUUUUUUCUUGCACUCACAGCUAUCACAUUUGCUGGCCUUACAUUAAGUGGCUACUUAGAAUUUGGGAUAGUUAGAGGAGGCGGAAACUAUGGCAAUGAGGGUCUGUCAUUUGGGAAUGAGGAAGUUGUUAAAUCAGAUAAAGCAGUUGUUGCUGCUGAUGAUGCAAGGUGUUCAGAAACUGGAGUGUCGGUUCUUGGACAGGGUGGACAUGCUGUCGAUGCUGCAGUGGCAACUGCUUUGUGCCUGGGAGUUGUUAAUGCGAUGGCUAGUGGGAUCGGUGGUGGAGGUUUUAUGGUUGUUCGGUCUUCAGCAACUUCACGAACAGAGGCAAUUAAUAUGAGGGAAACUGCUCCCUUAGCUUCUUCCCAGACUAUGUAUGACAAUAAUCCUGAAACAAAGUACAAAGGAGCGUUGUCAAUGGGCGUACCUGGAGAGCUAGCUGGGCUUUAUGAAGCGUGGUCAAGACAUGGACGAUUGCCUUGGAAGACUCUGUUCCAGCCAGCCAUCAAACUUGCAAGAGAUGGUUUUGUGAUUGCUCCUUAUCUAGGCAACUAUAUUGCUGACUACUCUGACUCAAUCAUGAGGGACCCUGGUUUGAGACAAGUUUAUGCACCAGGCGGAAAGCUGCUUAAAGCUGGUGAGAAGUGCUACAAUGUGGAACUUGGUCACAGCUUAGAAGCAAUAGGAGAACUAGGGCCAAAAGCGUUCUAUGAUGGUAGCAUUGGCGAAAGGUUUGUUCAGGAUGUGAGAAAGGCAGGUGGAAUUUUAACGAUGGAAGAUCUGAGGAGCUACAGAGUGGAUGUUACUGAGGCUGUUUCCGUGAAUGCCAUGGGUUACACUAUCUUAGGGAUGCCAUCUCCUUCCAGUGGAACACUUGGUAUUUCUCUGGUCCUAAAUAUCUUGGAGAGCUACGGAAGUACAUAUGCUGCAAUGGGUUCUUUAGGUUUGCAUCGGCUGAUUGAAGCACUGAAGCAUAUGUUUGCUGUUCGAAUGGAUUUGGGAGACCCCAACUUUGUAAACAUCACAAAAACAGUAGCAGAUAUGCUUUCUCCGGCUUUUGCCAAGAGAAUUCAGCAAAGAAUAUUUGACAACACCACUUUCCCCUCCGAGUACUAUUUGCACAGGUGGAGUCAGCUUAGAGACCAUGGAACCAGUCAUUUCUGCAUUGUUGAUGCAGAUCGAAAUGCUGUAUCAUUGACAACUACAGUAAACUAUCCUUUUGGAGCCAAGGUGCUCUCUCCCUCCACUGGCAUUGUGUUGAACAAUGAAAUGGACGACUUCUCUACGCCUGCAGAAGUAUCCCCUGAUCAACUUCCCCCAGCUCCAGCUAAUUUUAUCGAACCAAAAAAGAGGCCGUUAUCUUCCAUGACCCCAGUCGUCGUUCUCAGGGAUAAUCAAUUGGUUGGGGUUAUCGGAGGAAGUGGGGGCUUGUACAUAAUUCCAGCAAUUCUACAAGUUUUUCUUAACCACUUUGCAUUAGGAAUGGAACCUUUAUCGGCUGUUCAGGGUCCAAGAGUGUACCAUAAGCUAAUUCCAAAUGUGGUCUUAUAUGAAGACUGGACUUGUCUUGAUGGUGAACAUAUAGAGGUUGUGCCUGAAGUUAGGAGAUUCUUAGAAGAAAGAGGUCAUGAACUAGAAGCCAAAUCAGGGGGAGCCAUUUCCCAGCUUAUUGUUCAAGACCUUCGUAAUGCAAUUCCCAUGGAUCGGGAAAAUGGGAAAGGUACAAGCGAUCAAGUCCUAUGUGGAAUUCUUACAGGUGUUAGUGACCCUCGGAAAGAUGGGAAGCCUGCAGCUAUGCGAUAAACACACAUACCAGUGAGUGAAUGUUUCAUGAUUCUAGCAGCUUGGUUCAAAUGUGUAAACUAUUUUGUACAUACAGAGGCAAGUCUAUAAGUCUAUAACAUGAAACAUCUGUAUGCCCUUGAGGUAGCAUUCAUCUGAAGACAAAACUGUACAUGUAUUGUUGUAAUCACAUCUAAAUCCAGAUAUCAUAAUAAUUCUUAUUGUGUGUU